CUGAGAAGAGCGGGAGGAGGUGGCGGCCUCGGGAAGAUGGCUCCUUCUCCUACCAAGCGCAAGGACCGCUCUGACGAGAAGUCCAAGGAUCGCUCUAAAGAUAAAGGGGCCACUAAAGAGAAGGAUCGUGGCAGGGAUAAGACUCGGAAGAGACGCAGUGCUUCAAGUGGAAGCAGCAGCACCAGGUCUCCAUCCAGCUCGACUUCCAGCUCAGGCUCCAGCACCAGCACAGGUUCAAGCAGUGGCUCUAGCUCCUCCUCUGCGUCCAGCCGCUCUGGGAGCUCCAGCACAUCCCGGAGCUCCAGCUCUAGCAGCUCCUCCGGCUCCCCCAGCCCUUCCCGGCGCAGACAUGACAACAGGCGACGCUCCUGCUCCAAAUCCAAACCACCUAAAAGAGAUGAGAAAGAGAGGAAAAGGCGGAGCCCUUCACCUAAGCCCACCAAAGUGCACAUUGGGAGGCUCACCAGGAAUGUGACUAAGGAUCAUAUCAUGGAAAUAUUUUCUACUUAUGGGAAAAUUAAGAUGAUUGACAUGCCUGUAGAAAGGAUGCAUCCU